AUGGCGCGAGCAGGAACUGGCCCAGAGACUGUCAGCGCGUCAGCCGGCGCAGCCGUCAGCAUGGCUCACGCGCACGCUAUCGCAGCCGCAACAACAGCUGCUGUUGCCGCAGCAACCAUUGCUGCAGCAUCCAGUGCUGCCGCCUCAAGCGCAAGCGCAAGCGCAACACUCGCUGCACCGGGAAACCCGCAGCUGCCGGAACUCUCUUGGGGCGAGGGGGACAGCGGCGGGCAUGCGGUGCGUUUCGGCGAGCCCGGUUCGCUGGGAUUUCGCAUGAUGUUUCUCGAUCGCCGCGAUCGCAUCGUUUCGCCGUGGCACAACAUCCCGCUGUACGGCGAAAACAGCUGGUUGAACUGCGUUUGCGCGACUCCCUCCGGCACUUGGUUGAAGCACGAAUUCGCACCCGAGGAAUACACUCCGCUGCGCGUCGCUCCGAAACGCGGAGAACCGUCGCACUUUUGCGACAACGCCGCGUGGAACCUCGGCCUGCUGCCGCAGACGUGGCAGGACCCGGAAGAACUCGUCGAGGAAUUUCCGGGCAUGAUGGGUUGCGGCAGUCCCUUGGAGGUGAUAGAUGUUUCGGGCGGACUGCCCGCGGAUUUAGGGCAGGUUUACACGAUCAAGCCGCUCGGCGUGAUUCCAGUUGUGCGCGAGGCUGGAUUGGCCUGGGUGGUGGUGGGGAUCGGCGCGGGAGAUUUGUUGGCGAGCCUGAUGAAUCACGUUGAUGACGUGUACGCGCUGCUGCCGGGAACAAUGGAAUCCGUCAUGCAUUGGCUGACGAUAUGCGACACCACUGAACCUGGAGACCCCCCAGUGUUGCUAGCCUCUGACGACAGUUUCGGUGCAGAGAAGGCCCUAGAAGUAAUCGCACAGGCGCACGCGGCGUGGCAGUUGUUCCUCCACAGCAACGUGCAGCCGGAGCCCUGGCGACCGGAUCUGGACGUGUUCUCCACCCACGUGCUGCAGGCGUGCUGGCGCAAGUACACUGACGGGCAGAGCGCUGCGGUGCUCCCUGUAUCGUGUGAGCGGCGGGAGGAGAGCGUUCCUGGAGACGCUUAUAACGGGGAUGAGAUGCUGGGGGUUGGAUCGGUGGUGUUUGGUGCGGUUGAUGGAGUUAUGGCGGGUGAGGAGGGGAUUCAGAGGCAUGAGAGAGGGUCCGGGGGUGCAGGAAAGGAUGUGGCAGCAGCAGGAUCCAGGCAGGGUUCUGGGAAGGUUCCUGAAGGGCGGAGCAAAGGCGGGAGGCUAAGCCGAAUAUCACCAUCGGCAGUAGCACCUACCACCGCCACCACUGCUGCUGCUGCCGCUGCUCUCCAUCCAGAAGCAGGAACAGCAGCAGCUGGGAGGGGAAACGACGGAAAAGGAGGAGGGGAAGGAGAGGCCGCAGCAGCGGCUUGUAUGAAAAGGCACUCGCCGUCCACCCCCUCUGCCAAAGGCUCCACCUCCAACAAGAUGAGCUUCUUCAGGUCACGCCUCCCCAGCCUGCCUCCACCCCCACCGCCCUCGCACUAUGACGACGUCAUCUCAGCAGAAGCAAAGUCAGCAUCCGCAUUGGCAGCGCGGCACCCCAUCAGCUUUGAGAGCAGUGGGGGUUACAGCGGCAGCAGCAGUGCGCAUGGGAAAGGGGCGCGAGCUUGGAGCCCUCUAUCUGUGCUGCGCUCCAAGUCCCCUGGUGGUUACCAGAGCAACCAUAGCAGGCAGAGCAAUCACAGCAUGGAGAGAGCGGCAGGUGACAGCAGCAGAAAAUCUCCUGGUAGUCACCAGAGCGGUGCAGCAGGGGUGAGCAGCGAGGGUCAGGAUAGGGAGUUAGGGGUGGGUAACCAGUGGGCUGCUGUUAGGCAGGUGAGGCACGGUGCAGGCAGCCAAUCGCCAAUGGGUGGUAGACCACCCAGCAGCCCGUCCCUGGCCGGUGGCAGACCACCAAGCAGCCCGUCCCUAGCCAGUGGUAGACCACCCAGCAGCCCAUCUCCUGUGGGCGGUAGACCACCCAGCAGCCCAUCUCCUGUGGGCGGUAGACCACCCAGCAGCCCAUCUCCUGUGGGCGGUAGACCACCACUCAGCAGCAGCAGCAGCGUGUCUCCAGGAGGCCAGAGGGGGCGAGACAGCAGGUCGCCCGGAGAAAGGUCGAUGGUGCCCAGGUCUCCAAGGGAAAGGAUUCUGAGGCCUAAGUCUCCAAAAGGGAUUCUGCCUGGCUUUGCCUUGGCAGCUCUUGGGGGCGAUUUGCGAGUAGGUGGUGCUGUUGGUGGUACUACUGCUGAUGCUGGUUUGCCUGCUGCUGGUGCUGCUGCUGCUGCUGCUGCUGCUGGUGCUGCCGCUGCUGUUGAUGAUGGUGGUGUCUUGGGUACAGCUGCGUCUGAGCUUGCCAAUGCUGAUGGUGAUGGUGUUGAUGGUGCCGCUUCAGCAGUCUCACCUCCGUCUGCCACUGCUACAUGUAACCCACUUGCUGAAGCAGGUAAGCCUACGAGAAGCCGGUCCCUGCAGCACAGAGUGUCUCAACGCGGCCUGCACCUGCACCUGCCAGGGGUGGCACGCAGAGGCGUGCAGAACCUACCAGCGGUGGGCAAGGCAGGGAUGCAGCAGCUGCCUGUUGUGUCUCCCCGCGCGCUCAAGUUGCCUGAGGCUGCUGGUGAAGCUUCUGGAGGCAGAAGGUGUAUGUGCGGAUACGGCAAAGGCAGGCAGUGA